GAAGAGGAGAAAAUGCAAGGCUACCAGAGGAAUUUCGACGAUCAGCAAAAGGAACACAGGGAGGAUGAAACGAUAGUGGUGGACCUUAUACCACCGCAGUAUCAACUCAGCCCCCCGCACAGUCCGCCGCCAGGGAAUAUACCAAAAACUCCGGAAAAAGGCACGUCGCCGUCACAACAACAACAGGCGUUAUCGUCAGUAGAUCAGAACAUAAGAAGGUACAGGACAGCGUUUACCAGGGAACAAUUGUCGCGUUUGGAGAAAGAGUUUCACAGAGAGAACUACGUAAGCAGACCAAGGCGAUGCGAAUUGGCUGCACAAUUACAGCUGCCGGAAUCGACGAUCAAGGUUUGGUUCCAGAAUCGUCGUAUGAAAGACAAACGCCAGAGGAUGGCAAUGGCAUGGCCGUAUGCGAUGUACACAGACCCGACGCUGGCGGCCACCCUGCUGGCUGCGGCGACGGCGAGUUUGCCGCCGUCACCGUACCACCCUGGAACACCAGGUUUACCACCGACCCAUCUGGCGCCCGGUUACCCAGCGGCCGCAGCUGCCGCCUACUACGCGGUCAGGUACACGCCAUAUUCGGGCGCUAACCCGACGACGAACACCGCGUCCCUUCAUCGGCCGCAUCCGCGCGCAGCGACUGCGUAUCCGGCGCAUCCCCAUCUCCUGCAACCUCACCCCACGUUGCAACCCCUGCAUCUGUCAAGCCUGGGCGUAUCUACGGUCGGGAACACCGCCUUCCCACAGGUGAACAGCCCACCCGUAACCCCGGCGAGCUCCUACCGACCAACGAUGCUCCCGGAGCUGAGCCCGGCUCAGUCGGACACAUCGAGCGAUUGCGACUGCGUCGCGACGCAGCCCCAUCAGCAGCCACAUCACCACCACCACACCUGCCAGCCACAUCAACGGAUACACGAGAAGAGCCCGACACCUAACAGCGCGCAAUCGGGCAACCUAGCCAACGGGAUCAGCAUCGCUGGCCUCUCUGGCAAUAUCCAGAGCAUAGAGCCGUUCGACAGCAGUACCUCGUACGGCGCGAUCGUCACCGCGCCGACGAAAGAGGCACCGAAGUUGUUUCAACCGUAUAAGAACGAUAUAUCGGAAAGGGCGUAAAGCAGAAGAGAAGAAAAAGAAGAAAAAGAAAAAUUCAAACCAAGACAUUUAAAGUGAGAAAUUAAUUGAAGAUCGAUCGUGGACGACCGAUCGUCAAGAACGCUAAUUAUAGCGUUAUCGAGGAUAAUGCAUUCGAUGGGAUUCGUUGUGUUAUAGUACCAGUAUUAUGACUAGAUACUUGUCACCG